AUGCUGCUUCCAUUCUCGAGGUUGCUGUGUUUGUGGCUGUGCAGCGAGGCCGUCGCGGGUCAGACCCACUGGAAGAAAACAAAGACGACUUUCAGUCCUCAUUAUGAAUCCACCGCCGCUGAAAGGAAUGCGCACAGCCGGAGAUGGCGUACAGUCAUCGGGGAGGACAAUGAAGGGACACAGGCCUCGUGGCUGGAUACUGUAAACCCGUCAUCCUCUAAGCGGCUUGGGACACAGAUACUCCGGCAUGCUGUGCGUAAAAGCGAUGCGCAAAAUGGAGCGGGACGCAUCCGACCUGUACCCGGAGACGAAACUUUGCGCACGGAUGUAAACAGGGCUGGUGAGCCGUGGAGUGGUGGAUGCAGUCCGGGAGAAGUGCUGAAACAAACCCCGUAUGGACGCGCCUGUAGCCUCAGGAGGACCGGACACAGACGGCGGCGGAGACGGAGCGCAAAGCCCAGCAGGACGAAGCGGAGCGAGCCGCUGCAGGACGGAGCCGCGGCCGCGUUGGAGGCUCUGCCCGCGGCCAUGGCGCAGGAACAAGAGGCCGGACCCCCCUUAGGACUCAACAACAGUGACUAUGAGGAGGAGUACUCUGUGCCGGACUUUCCUGAUAGCACGCCGUUCGUGCCGGUGGACACGCGGACCAGACGGAAGCAGGUGAAGAACCCGUUCUAUCCGGUCACCGCGGAGUCGUACGGAGCGUACGCCGUCAUGAUCACCGCCGCCGUCAUCUUCAGUGUCGGGAUCAUCGGGAACGUGUCGGUCAUGUGCAUCGUGUGUCACAACUACUACAUGAGGAGCAUCUCCAACUCGCUGCUGGCCAACCUCGCGCUCUGGGAUUUCGUCAUCAUCUUCUUCUGCCUGCCGCUCGUGGUGUUCCACGAGCUCACCAAGAACUGGCUGCUGGGGGAGUUCUCGUGCAGGAUCAUCCCCUACCUGGAGGUGGCUUCUCUCGGGGUCACGACCUUCACGCUGUGCGCUCUGUGCAUCGACCGUUUUCGCGCCGCCACCAACGUGCAGAUGUACUACGAGAUGAUCGAGAACUGGGCGUCCACCGCGGCCAAGCUGGCCGUCAUCUGGGUGGGCGCUCUGCUGCUGGCGCUGCCCGAGCUGCUCAUCCGGCAGCUGGUCACCGAGGACGGCGACCCGCCCGAUGUGACGCCGUGCGAGCGCUGCGUGGUCCGGAUCUCUACCGACCUCCCGGACACCCUGUACGUGCUGGGACUCACCUACGACGGCGCGCGCCUCUGGUGGUACUUCGGCUGCUACUUCUGCCUGCCGACGCUCUUCACCAUUUGCAGCUCGCUGGUCACGGCCCGCAAGAUCCGCCACGUGGAGCGGGCCUGCGUCCGCGGCAGCAAGAAGCAGAUCCAGCUGGAGAGCCAGAUGAACUGCGCCGUGGUGGCGCUGGCCAUCCUCUACGGCUUUUGCAUCAUCCCAGAGAACAUCUGCAACAUCAUCAGCGUGUACAUGGCGGCCGGCAUUCCCGCCAGAACGCUGGACAUCCUGCACCUGGUCAGCCAGCUGCUGCUCUUCUGCAAGUCCGCAGGGACGCCGGUGCUGCUGUUCUGCCUCUGCCAGCCGUUCACCAGAGCCUUCCUGGACUGCUGCUGCUGCUGCUGCGAUGAGUGCGGCCCGACACGCUCCCCCGCCGCCGCCGCCAGCGACGUGGACAACGAGUGCACCACCACCGAGCUGGAGCUGUCGCCGUUCAGCACCAUCCGCAGGGAGGCGUCCACCUCCGCGGCCUACACCGCCGUGGGCACACACUGCUGA